AUGCACGAAGCCCGCCAUGGGUUCCCGGGAAUGUUGGGGAGCCUAGACUGCAUGCAUUGGGGAUGGAAGAAUUGCCCCGUUGCUUGGCACGGCGCCUACACUCGAGGGGAUCAAGGCGAGCCAACAAUUAUAUUAGAGGCCGUUGCUUCACAAGAUUUAUGGAUCUGGCAUGCAUUCUUUGGAGUCGCUGGGUCCAACAACGACAUCAACGUGCUCCACCAGUCCACGCUAUUCAACGAUGUUUUAGCGGGGCAUGCAGCGGCUGUGCAAUUCCUCGCCAACAAUUCUCACCACACUCGAGGAUACUACUUAACAGACGGCAUCUAUCCGGACUGGCCGGUGUUCGUGAAGAGCUUCCAGUUUCCGAACGAUGAGAAGAAGCGGAGGUUCAAGGUGAUGCAAGAAGCUGCAAGGAAGGAUGUGGAACGCGCUUUCGGUGUUCUUCAGGCUCGGUGGGGUGGAAAUGCAAGUAAUUUCGACGGUGACGACGGCGAGGGACCAAGUUCUACUCCUCAAACACAAUUCAAUUCCGGAGCACCACCGGAGUUCGCCGCCUAUUUGGCACGGAAUGCAAGCUUGAAGGAUGCACGAUUGCAUGCUCGCCUCCGCGACGAUUUGGUUGAGCAUAUAUGGGCACGCUUUGGUCCGGUUGACCCGUAG